UCAUCAACAUCUCCUAUACCGUUAGCAGCUCCUCUUCGUUCGUUCUUUUAUUUCCGUGCUUUAUCUAUCUUCUUAUCUCUCUAUUAUGUCUCUCACCCCUCCUCUUUCGCCAUCAUCAAUUGCACCCAUCACCCGUACCAUUGCCAUCAUCAAGAACCAUGCGCUCUCGCACCGUUUCGACAUUGAGCCCCGUAUUCAGGAAGCAGGAUUCGAGAUCGUCAAAGAGCGUCAAAUGGAAUUCGAUGUCGAUUCCGACCCUGAGUACCUCUAUGAACUCUUCGGAGAUGAUGCUGAUUCUCUGGGAGAAGGUCCUGUCUGGGUCUACGUACUUGAGCGCCGCCGUGCCGUCGAGGUUUUCCUUUCAUUGAUGGGUCCUUCCGAUCCAGCCGAGGCUCCGCCUCAUUCUCUUCGUGCCCUCUACGGUCUUUCAGCAGCCCAGAAUGGUAUAAUGGGCUCUCCCGAUACCCAUGCUGCUGAAUUGCAGAUCUCCUCCCUAUUUGCUUCCUCACCGCCGUUCCCUAUUUCCGACCUACCAUCCGUGGACAGCGGCGUAAUUGCCAGCCCCACCAGCGGCAGCCUUAAGUCUCCACCUUCAACUAUCGGCAGCAGAUCCGGGAAAAAUACUCAGUUCAAAGCUCGCGGCCUCCCAGCAUCUCACGCAGCACCGGAUAUCGUACCUCGGACCACCAGAGCGGCCUCAUUGCGAGCUGGGGUCGUCGUUGCACCUUCGGAAAACAAACAUCGAGUCCCUCUGUCCAAGGAGCGACUCGCUAAAACAUUUGCUAAUGUACCUGGCCAUAAGCGCGCCGAGACUAUCCAGGUGGCUUCAACGAACGCGCCAGCAAUCAAACCACGCAUGACGAGGGCGGCCGCAUUGAGACUAGGUAUACCACUUCCGGAGGCAUCUAAGAAGACUACGCCGCCUACGGCCAACGGAACAAAACCGAAGACAGAUGCCAUCUUCGAGGGUAUACCGGGUCAUAAGAGGCGAGAGACAAUUAGUGUCCCAUCACUGGCUACUCGACCGUCUCUUGCCCCAAGGAUAAAUAAGACUUCAGAAUUGCGAGCGCAGAAGGAUAGUGCGCCGCCGACGUCAUUCAUGUUUCGGCAGCCGACCACACCGAAACGACCCGGAUCUGCGAAUAGCCUUUCCCGGAGUACGUCUCGUACGUCCUUACACUCGCAUCCAGCGGCGUUAUCUCGCGCUACGUCUGCGAUGGCUGUCAACAGAGUACAUCAGGAUGCGGCAUUAACGAAGGAGCCUUCCAAGACCUCUGCGUCAAAGGUCACAGAGCAACCAAAGAAGAAAGCGCCCCGUCCUAGUAGUAUCUCUGCACCGGCGAUUGUUCCACGAACAAACCGGAGUGCGGCAUUAAGGGCGGCUCAAAAGGAGGCCGAGACGGCUAAGAUGAAUGGUGCGGGAGUGAAAGUACGGGCAAAGUCUGUCAUGGUUUAGAUUGAGGUUUGGGUCACUUUAAAAAAUUUAAAGAUCGCGCUGGUCGCUCGUUUAUGAAGAGGAGCAAAUCUUUCCGUGACUCGAAUCGGUCCAAUAUGUGUGGACCUUUCUAAGUCCAAUCCCGUUUUACUUUUUUCUGUCUUGCGAUCUGCGACUCAUUAUGCGCUCAUCUCACUUUCCUAUUACUAAUUCAAAUUUUUUAUGUUGUUCAUUUCAUGUUAUUAUUCCUCUAUGUUUAUAGCGAGGGUCGUUUCUCGUAUUUCUGAUGUACAUUGGUUACUUUAUUAUUAUAUGAAGCUCUAGGUUAUAUAUUAUGGAAAGAUGGCGGCCUACCGCAACGUUGCA